AUGGUUGCAGUGGUGUCUCUCGUGUUCACAUUAAAUACGAUAAUGAUUGUAUGGUAUGAUUUUGGCGGAGACAAAUUCUUUGAGGAAAUGUACUGCCCUUCAGAUGAUACGUUGGUAAGCUCAAUCGUACAUGUUUUCCCGUGGAUAGAUUUUUGUUUGGGAUUCGCUUUGCCUUUCAUAGUGAUCGCAAUCUGCUCAACGAUUAUUAUUACCAAGCUGAGACCAUCUGUUUCUGCACAAAAGAAAGAGAACGACAAGGUGUCCACAGUGACGAGGACUCUACUCUCGGCAAGUGCAUGUUUUCUGAUCCUUUUGGCCCCCAGCAGAAUCUACAACAUUAUGUAUCCAAUACCAUUAGUAGAUGAGGUGGGUUUUCUGACGUUCCACGUUUUCUCUGUGGUGUCCCAGAUGAACGCAGCGGCAAACUUCUUUCUGUACUUUCUGAACGCCCCUAUCUUCAGGGCAGAUGUAAAAGGUCUACUGUGCUGUGAUACACGCUCGGACAAUAGUAGGUCUGGAUCGGCACUGUAA